CUUCAUCUCCAACCGACUCACCCUUCCCUCUUUGUCUCUGUCCUAUAUAUAUAUCCUAAUUCCCAUGCACAAAUUCCAACUCCACCUGCUAUUCAUUAAUCAAAUCCCUCAUUUAUCUUAACCCUAAUCUUCCAAUUUUUGUUUUUUAUUGAUUGGAUUGCAAUGGCUCGUACCAAGCAAACUGCUCGUAAAUCAACCGGUGGCAAGGCACCUAGGAAGACUCUUGCUGCUAAGAAUUUCUCUGUUACGAAAGCUGCAAGAAAAUCAGCUCCUACUACUGGUGGUGUCAAGAAGCCUCAUCGUUACCGUCCCGGAACCGUCGCUCUACGUGAAAUCCGCAAGUACCAGAAGAGCACUGAGUUGUUGAUCCGCAAACUCCCCUUCCAGCGUCUUGUUCGUGAAAUUGCUCAAGAUUUCAAGACUGAUCUGAGGUUCCAGAGCCACGCAGUUUUGGCACUCCAGGAGGCUGCUGAGGCAUACCUUGUGGGUCUCUUUGAGGACACCAACUUGUGCGCCAUUCAUGCUAAGAGGGUUACCAUCAUGCCUAAAGAUGUUCAGUUGGCUCGUCGUAUUCGAGGCGAGCGUGCUUAGGAAGUUUGAAUGAAUUCAUUGUCAACUGUUUUAGGGUUGGAUGGGUUGAUUUAGGAUACUAUACUUACUACUAUGCCUGUUAGUCUAUUUCUAACUUUGGAUCGGAUUUGUGGUACAUUUGUUACUUGAUAUAUUUUGAUAGUUUUGAAUUAGAAAUCUAUGGUUUGUUUUAGUAUUUA